AUGACCUCCGAUGGAGGCGGCUGGAUUGUCUUCCAGAGGUGGCAGAACGGGCUGACCAAUUUCUUCCGGAAAUGGACAGACUACCGGGUUGGCUUUGGAAACUUGGAGGAUGAGUUUUGGCUGGGCUUGGACAACAUCCACAAGAUCACAUCCCAGGGGCGCUAUGAGUUGCGAAUAGACAUGAGGGAUGGUCAGGAAAUGGCAUACGCCUACUAUGACAAGUUUUCCAUCAGUGACUCCCGAAGCCUGUACAAGCUGCGAAUCGGGGACUACAAUGGCACUUCGGGGGACUCCCUCACCUAUCACCAGGGCCGCCCCUUCUCCACCAAGGAUAGGGACAACGACGUUGCUGUGACCAACUGCGCCAUGUCCUACAAAGGGGCCUGGUGGUAUAAGAACUGCCAUCGCACUAACCUCAACGGCAAGUACGGAGAGUCCCGGCACAGUCAG